AUGUCCAACCCACGUCAAAGCCGUCGGCAGCAAUAUCUUACCCCUGAACGUCGGGAGGAAGACGACAUAGACCGACGAGGAACUAAGCGCCGCCAGUCUAUCACGGACUAUACCAACCAACGAGCUGAGAAAGAGCGGGCGGAGCCACAGGAUGCACAAGGAGAGUCGCUCUUGGAGAAGUACGAGCAAAGGUUGCAGCGCACAUCUUCAGAGCGACCUACGACAUUGUUGUCCGCUACCGAAUCGUCGUCUAGCUCACACCAACGGGUGCACACGGCACGAGGUAGAGAAGACAAUCCCACGUUUUGUAUCCAAGGCCGUUCACAAAAGUACCAUGGACUCGGGUAUGAGUUACCUGGGUCGGAAGGUCAACUAACCGAGGAGAAAGAUACCUUGUCCUCUUUUGAGGAGGCUCCAUCAUUCCAAGAAUUCGCACGUGAGCAGGUUGUUGGUCAAGCAGAACCCACAUGGGAAUAA